UUUAUUUUGAUGUUAGAUGAUGAUUUAUUUAUUAGUACAGAUAUUAUAACCACAAGUCAUUAGUUAAGUGCUUUCUAUUCUUUAAGUGAUAACAGUAAAUCAUCAGAUUUUUAUUUAGCGGUAUCAUUAAAUCAAAUUAUUGUCAAACUUAAACAACUUUGGCAAUUUCAAUUUCUUUACGAAGACUUGAUACAACUCAGACGAAAACGGAAACAUUAAAAUAGUAUUUUCGUCGAAUAGAUUAUCGUAUAACAAUAGCCGAUAUUUCAGGCGGUAAAAACAGUGAAAUGAAGAACCUUAAAUAGUAAGCAGUGGUAUAAGCGAACAUUAGUCAGCCAUCUAUAGGUAAACUUGGUUUCUCUAGCAUUCACCUUGUACGUAUAUAUAUUCACGAUCUUCAUCUUUGCGUUAGAAAUAUAGUUCAAGACUAUACGUUGAAUGCAAUCGAUGAAGCCAUUGUAUUAAUGUACAGAUCGAAAAGUAAAAAUUACAACGAAUGAUUGCUCUUCAAAGAUAUUUGUUUUAUUGAGAAUCUGUCCGAUAGGAAAAUAAAAAGAAACAGGAAAUAAAACGUUGACGUGUGACGUUUUCAUUGGAAAAAAGUAUGUGGCAGAAUAGGGGUGGAAAAGUAGGAUGGACAUUGGUAGAAUGAAAGAUAAGAGUAGGUCAGAGGGAUAGGAGAAAGGAUAGGAUACCAGUACGCGCAUUUCGCGCAUUUCGCGCAUGCCACUACGAGGAGAGAAAGAUAGAGAGGACUUUCCAUGUGAGUGGGCGGCUGAACACGGCCAGACUACGGAGCAAAUAUCGGUAGAAAAAAGUGUGACAUUUCGAAUCUUGAAUAAUUUGCUGCUACGUGCUCUACUACAGAUCUGAAAGUUCAGUAACGAACCUACAUUGAGAGAAAGAGCGAGAGAGAGAGAGGGAGAGAGAGAGGGAGAGAAAGAGGGAGAGGGAGAGAAAGAGGGAGAGGGGAGAGAGAGAGCAAGGGAGGAAUUCACUGACUCAGGUCAACAGGUCACUGGGCACAUCGUUAGUAACUAUUUCAUUAUGACAGACGCGGAGGAUUCCACACAAAGCGAUUCAAAAACCUGUGGUAAUAUUCUAGUGGUAUUGUCUUGGAUUUUGGUGAUCAUGACUAUGCCAUUCUCUCUCUUCGUUUGCUUUAAGGUAGUACAAGAAUACGAAAGAGCGGUUAUAUUUCGAUUGGGCCGUCUUCUAUCGGGCGGUGCUAAAGGUCCUGGAAUUUUCUUCAUUUUACCCUGCGUGGACAAUUACGCUCGAGUCGAUCUUCGAACGAGAACAUAUGAUGUUCCACCGCAAGAGGUAUUAACAAAGGAUAGCGUUACCGUGUCUGUGGAUGCAGUUGUUUAUUAUCGUGUUAAUAAUGCCACUAUUUCUAUUGCCAACGUUGAAAAUGCACAUCAUAGUACGAGACUUCUUGCACAGACGACGCUUCGAAAUACUAUGGGUACGAGGCCACUACAUGAGAUACUUAGCGAGCGUGAAACUAUCUCUGGUAACAUGCAGAUUUCCUUGGACGAAGCUACCGAUACAUGGGGCAUAAAAGUCGAACGAGUCGAAAUCAAAGAUGUACGGUUACCUGUCCAAUUGCAACGAGCUAUGGCAGCAGAAGCAGAGGCAGCUCGUGAAGCUCGUGCAAAGGUCAUCGCCGCCGAAGGUGAGCAAAAGGCAAGUAGGGCGCUAAGAGAAGCGUCGGAGGUAAUCGGAGAUUCUCCGGCAGCAUUGCAACUACGUUAUCUUCAGACUCUUAACACCAUCUCGGCUGAAAAGAAUUCGACUAUCGUAUUUCCAUUGCCUAUUGACAUGCUUACAUACUUUAUGAAAGCAAAAGAAAUGUCUUAAUUCUAUGUAUUAUUCCAAUGACAUAUAUUCAAUAUGUAACAAAAAGGUGAUAAAGAUUGGAAACUGUGAGAAGAUCGACCAAAUAAGUGGUGAUCGUAUCUCUUAUGUACGUAUUCGUUACGUUAACAAGACUUAAAUCUGACCAAGCAGAGCAGAGUUGCUAAUGUUAGACCAAAUUUCAACGUUUAUUAUUAGAUUAGACAGGCCAUAAGAUUAAUGUUCUUGUUGAAAUAAAGAACAGUUCGCGGCGUUACGAAUUUUCGACACCGGAUACUUAAAAAACAUUCAUCGAUAUUUUUGGAUAAUCUUAUAACACCACUGCUCUAUUUACAAACUAAUAUAAAGUAUUUGACCAAAUGCAAACUGACAUUACUUUCAAUCAAAAAUCGCAAUCAUAAGCAAAUAGAACAUCGAAGAAGUGCGCGAUGAAUUAGGGUGAGUACAUAAUAUAUUAUAUAGGUAUAUUCGACGUAGAAUAAAAAAUGAACAAAAUUUAAUAUCUAGCGUCUAAUAUCGUAAGUUUAUGUUCUCACGUAAAUCAUGGUUAAUUUGAUAAAAAAAAUAAAAAAAGAAUUUCACACUGCCAAUCAAAAUAAUGCGUACAUGACCGUUUCAUAACUUCAUAUUUCGAUAAGAAAAAAUUGUUGACUGCAAAAUAUGCAUUUUUGCGAGAAAAUGGAAUUGAUGAAUCUUCGUAAGAUUUAUAAACUACAAGUAAGAAUACAUUUAUCUGAUAUGAACCUUAAGAAUUUUAAGAUUAGAAAAGUAUUUAUAUAUUAUACAAUAGAACUUCUAAUAUACGAACUAAUACAGAAAUUCAGAUGUUCAAAUGAAGGAAUUUUCGAAUAAUAAAACAGCAACUAUUUUGCCAUUAAAUUUCAUUUAUUUUAGAGAAAGACAAAAAAAUAAUUUUUUAUUGUUUUAAAAUAUAAAAAAUUGUCCAAUUCUGUUUGGAUUUGUACAAUCGUCUAGAUUACUUAAAUCAUUUAUUACAUUUAAGUCUAUAAAUACGCAAUUUCUUCUUGCCAACAAAUUUGAUUUUGAUCGUUAUAGAAAAAAAGGAACACUACGUGGAAUAUAUCUGCUUUGAUAGUUCAAAUAAUGAAGGUUCUACCGUAAAUCGCCUAUUAAUUUUUAUGGCACUAAAAUAAUAGAGCUGAAAAAUUUAUCUCAAUAUCGAAUCGUUUUUACAAUAAAAGAGAAGAUUGAACGGCAGAGCAUAGAAGCAUCGUUUAAAUAUUUAAUCCAAAUGUAACGGCCUGUAAGGAUAAAUGGUUUAGCAUCGGCAACUCUCUCUUUCUCUCUUUCUCUUUUUCUCUCUUUUUCCGGCAACAUAUUGCCUUACAUAUGGUGCUUAUUAAAAGUCUUUCUCUUGGUUAGAGGUUUAAAUAAUAAUUAGUAAGUUUGAAAGUUUGUACUUGAACAAUUUUUAUUCAAAUUUUAUUAAGGUUCUUACGAUCGGCUAAACAGAAAUUUAAAGACGUUUUAUAUUAUGAUUAGAUGUGUCGAACUUUUGAUAUAUAACUAAUCGUACCUUCAUAAUUCAUGAUUUAAGAUUUGAGAACAAUUAACACUGGUAUGAUGUUACAAGAAACAUAAGUACGUUUCUAUUUUAAUAAUAACCCAUUCAGCAAAGACUGUCGAUCGUAUUAAUUUUCAUCUCACUUUCUUAUUUUUAUUCAAUUCACGAUUGUGAUAUGAAAGAUAUGUUAAUUAGCAGUUUAGGUUAUUCCUCACAGUCAAUUAAAAUGCUGCAUACCUAAAUAUUGUAAUUUCCAUAACAACCAUUCUGAAUCUCUUUUAUGAAAAAGAGAUUUUUCAAUCUUUUCAUUAAUUAAGAAAAUUACGAAGUAUCCAAACUAUUGAUCUUUACGUUCUCGCAUAUCGUUUUAUACAUUUCAGGUGACUGUCUUUAUUUUAUAGGAAAUAUUAUGAUUUAGAAAUGAUAUUAUAACGAAAUGAAUGUCAUGGUCGCACUUGCUCGCACAUACUUCUAAUCAUUUUAGUUUACUUUUCUCGCACAUAUUUCUAAUCAUUUUAGUUUACUUUCCUAAGGUUUGCUAUACAACGAUUGUUUUUUUAUGUUAUUGGAAUUUUCGAUUUUGUAGUGUUAAGAAAUAAACCUACCUCUAUUCUAUUAAAUAUAUAUACUAUACAUAUAUACAAUAUACAUACACGAGUGUACUUAUGCAUUUUUCUAUUGACGAAUUUUAACUUUGACGAAAGAAAUUAUCAAGAUUAACUUUAGUAAUAAUUAUUGAAUUUUCAUGGAUCAGAAGAAAUUGGUGCGAGAUCAUUAAUACAUAAACAAUCUAAGAUGAUGCUUUAAUUGACUGCUAGGAAGAUUUGUUUAUUUCUAAAUAUAUUAAGUACAUUAAUAAGGAGAGAACGACACGAAUUAUAUUAUCUGAUAUUAGACGAAAACUAAUUCUCUAUUUCUCGUUAACAUUGUUUAUGAAAUAUUAAUGUUUAAUCUAUGGUAUUUUAUGUAUAUAUAUAUUUAUGGUAUAUAUAUAUAUAUACACACACACAUAUAUCGACGUGUUAUUGUGUGAAAAUAUAUCCAAAGAAUGCACUACUGUCGUAUGUUACACAUGUAUUUACGAUUGGAUCGCAUGAUUGGCUCGUUAAACGUCUGAUUGAUUCUUUAGGUGAUAGAUACUAUUAAAAAAUCAAAAGUAUACGUGUAAUCAAAUAAAAAUGAAUGUUUGAAAAUGUACAAGCGUACUUAUCGAGCAAGUAUUAUUACGUGUACUUGCAAAAGAAUAUAUAAUACUCGCGAGAUCCUAUUUUUUAAUCGGAUUAACAUCGUCCUAGUAUUAAAUAAGAAAACUUGUAAAACAUUUGGAAAAUGAUCUUUCAAUAAAAUGUGGGCUCGUAA